CCGACCACCGGACGACCAUGGAGACGCCGCUUUCCACCAGGAGGAUCACCCGCUCCAUGGCCAAGAACAACGACCACCAGCGCCACGCGCUCCACGACAUCACCAACGACUCCCCCAUCGUCGGCCUCGCCCUCACCACGCCGGCCUCCACCGCCACCAAGACGCGCCCCAGGCCCCGCCGCACUCCCGGUUCCGGCGAGGCGCUCCUCCGCGGCCAGGUCAAGACGCUCCUCCAGAAGGUCGACGAGGAUCCCGCCCCCAACAUCCACGCGCUGCUCGCCGUCGCCAGGUCCCCCGCCCACCUCCUCGCUCCCACGCCGGCCAACACGCCGCAUCUCUCCGCCCCUCACGCCUUCCCCCUCACGCUGCCAUGCGUCCUCCACCAGGAGGACUUGAUCCCUAAGCUGCAGGUCAUUGCAGCAGCUCUGCCGCCGCCGGUGGCUCAGGAAGACGAGAACCUUGGGGAGUGUAACCGUGCACUGUUGUUCGAGGAUUCCCCCGGAAAAUCGGAGCAGUCCAAUGCUGGGCCGGUGGUCUCAUCAUCCCUCGCGUUCCAGGACAGCGGCAGCGACAGAUCACCGGACGACGACAGUUCAUCGGCUUGGUCCAUUCAGGUCAAUGCCAGCUCGGAGAAGGGCGACGACGACACGUUCACUGAGCAAGACCAUGAGGAGGAGUGGCUAACAGAAGAUGAGUGCUUUGAUGAUCUGUGUGAGGGGAUGAGCAAGAUAUCUGUGUUUGACGAUGAGGAGCAGGAGGAGGAGGAAGAGAAGAAGGUUGGGCUGCCUGCGUUCCAGGGGAAGCACACCCGGUUCAUCUACGACAGCGACGGCGAGAUGGAGAGGGAGGACGUGGCACAUGUGCCGGUGGAGAACUGCAGCAUGGUGUUGAGGGGCCUGCCGGUGCCGGAGGGGAAGCAUCUCCGCUUCCACGAGGAGGAGGAUGAAGAAGAAUAGGCAGGCCUCUCUCACUCGCUACCUGACAAAGUGAUACACUUCACAUCCAAGCAAGAAAACAUUGCUAGCCUCUUUUCUUUUGGUCUGGACAGACAAAUUCAGUCUGGUGCAAUACAAUGUCUUUUGUCUGGUGCAGUACAUGUUUUGUUCAUGUUUCAGUUCUUCUGAAUGCCCUAUGAAUGUUAAAACUGAAUAAUGCAGUGGAAUGCAACCAUCCAGUACUUUCGUGCCUCUGCGAUGUUCAUAAGCGACUUGACUAUAAGUGAUUGCAUUUUUUUUUCAGUUCCCAUGAGUGGUUGCAUUUUGUUCAGUCACCGUAAGUGAUUGAAGUCUGUUCAGUCAACUUAUGUGCUUGAAGUUUGUCCAGUUACACAUAAGCGAUACA